UUCCAUUCUGUUAAUUCUUUUUUUAAUUAUUUUCCCUUCUCUCUUUCUUCUUCCUCUUAUUUUCCCGAAUUUGAUUUUUGAGUUAAAUUGUGUGCUACUGUUACAAUCCGCAUCGAAGAACCCUAAUUCCUUCGACGAUUCCUUCUACAAUCGAAGAUUCCUGUGAUUCCUAAAUCUUCGGAUUCAUUUUUCCAAGCGCUGUUUUGGGUGGAUGAAGGAAGCUUGAGGGUUUGGAGCAGGAGAACAUAGCAAAAACAAUCACCAAAACAGAAGAAGACUGACCUGUGAAGGAUGACGGUGGUGAGGCGUACUGUUUUCCGAUUAGGAAGACGAUUACGACUAGGACUCUUCAAUUUCCUCAAAUCAGAGGCUAAUCACAAUGAUCUAAAUACAAAUUGUUUUCGCUGUCUGGGCACAAUGCCAUUGUUUCAACCUUGCAACUACAACCACAAUGCUUUUUUCUCUUCCUCCGCCUCCCCAUUUCCAUCUCCAUUUUCCACCGGGCAAAGGAGGAGUAUGUUUAUCCAAACACAGUCCACUCCUAAUCCAGAGUCUCUUAUGUUUCAUCCUGGUAAACCUGUCAUGGAUGUUGGUAGCGCCGAUUUCCCUAACCCUCGUUCCGCCAUGAAUUCUCCUCUCGCUAAAUCAAUUUUUGCUAUUGACGGAAUUACUCGUGUUUUCUUUGGAUCUGAUUUUGUCACCGUUACCAAAUCGGAAGAUUCAUCGUGGGAAUUCCUUAAGCCUGAAAUCUUUGCUGCUAUUAUGGAUUUCUACUCUUCAGGUGAACCACUCUUUCUAGACUCUCAAGCUGCCGCUUCCAAAGACACAGCAAUUCACGAUGAUGAUUCUGAAACAGUUGCGAUGAUCAAGGAACUUUUGGAGACUCGUAUCCGACCAACUGUACAGGAUGAUGGUGGGGACAUUGUGUAUUGUGGUUUUGAUCCAGAUACGGGGAUCGUCAAACUUAAAAUGCAAGGAGCGUGUAGUGGCUGCCCAAGUUCUUCGGUGACUCUGAAAUCAGGCAUUGAGAAUAUGCUGAUGCAUUAUGUACCUGAGGUCAAAGGUGUGGAACAAGAAUUGGAUGCUGAGGAGGAAGAAGCAGCUUUAAGUGGACAAACGGAGUAGUUGAUCUCAUAUUUUUCUAUAAUUGUGGUCUUCAAAUUACAACAGCAGUACAUGAUGGAGAAACAAAUGAGUUUAUACAAAAGAAAUCUAUAUUUAAUAUAUAUUUAAUAAGUUGUGAGUUGGAUACAUUGCAGUUUGACAUGACAUUUUUGUUAUGAGCUAGUUAGAUCUCACUGGAAUAGUAUGAAGGUAGUUCAUAACAUGGUGUCCAUGCAGAAAGGUUGCAUAGGUACCCUCUAUCUGCCUGGGCUGCUAUGGAUGGCUCUUGGUCUUUCCUUCUGAAUCAAGGUUACUGAAAAAGUGCAAGGCAGCAUUACUUGCCUAUUGGCAUUGUAUGGAGGACACACUUGUAUUGAUAUAAGAUUUGGAAACUUUUGCUUUUCUCCAUGUUCAAAUGUAUGUAUGGACAUGUUAAGGAAAACAAAAAAAAAAAGGCAUGGAUCAUUGUUGAUUUUUUUCCUGCUAUUGGUAUUCUAGCGUUGGUUCACAUAUUCUCCAAGCCAGAUAACAUUGUGGUGGCAUUGAUUUCAUACAGCCAAACUGGCCGUGUCAUGCAAUAAGGAUUUUGUAUUGCCAUACCAUAUUAUUUUUUUGUGGGUGAAUUUUGACCGUUGCUUAUAUAAACGAAGCUUGCUUCCAACAUUUGUUA